ACAGGACGAGGGGCCAAAACAUCACACGUUUGCAGCACUUUACACGGCCAAUGACCCCUCCCAUAUCAUCCACACCCCAUAAAACAAAGGAAGAGAGACUAAUACACAUCCUGCCCUCCCCCCAGCCCUACACGUGGCCCCUGGAGGCAGCAAACCCCAUGAGAAGGAAGGAUGAGUGGGCUGGAGAGGUGUGGCAAGGAGACGCCAUCGUGAUGUAAACAUUGGGAACAAAGAGGUGACUGCCCCUUCCCGUCUUCUUAUUUGACCUGAUUUGACCGCUCACGCUCCUCCUGGACGGUCAAAUUCUCCUCCUGGGGAUGCCAAGGGCCGGAGAAAAGCCGCCCGUCUGUUAUGGCCAGAGGUGGAAGCGUGCCUAGCCAGGAAGACACACCGCACGCCACGCCCACCGCCACCGCCGCCGCCGCCACCACCAUUACUCGCACCACCACCACCUCCACCAUCACUUCCAUCACCACUACCACCACCGCUCCGACACGUAAGCCCCUCCGUCACUCAGCGUCCUGUGAAAGCACCCGCAGUGAGGAGGGUCGCAAGCGCCACGGGAUCAAGAAGAGUGACUCGCUUGGGGUCGGCAGCAAGUGGCCGUGUCAUGCCUGCCGCUUCCUCAACCUUGCCUCCACCGACCAGUGUGUGAUCUGCGCGCAAUGGAGGACUCGACAGUCGUCCCACCUUGGGUCAGGCCUUCAUCGAUGGUCAUACGUUGGUCCCACAACAGCAACAACAGGUCAGCAGGGAACCCCCAAGGCAGCUUCUAACACCUCAAAAGACAAGUGGAUAUGUCGCAACUGCAAGUGAGUGUACGUGCG